UAGUGAAAUCGUGAAAGCACGUUUUUUCCAUGUCAUUGUGUCGUAAACAAUCAGAAAUUUAUGUCACUUGAUUUUCUUUGGCUAUUUUCUUCAGCUAUUUCCUUCUUGAAUAACGUGCAGUUUGAAUGUGCACGUUACAAAAGGGCUCACGUGGAUUCGCGUAUUAAAUUAUCGUAUUUAAUUGUGUGAAAUAUGAUGGCUGAAAUCAACGCUAAGAGAGAAGCGAGAAGGCGACGAAUAUUAGAAAACUCAGAAAGUCGUCUACGCAGAAUUACAGGGAGAGUUAAUCCGAUCGAAAUCAAAGAUAAUGAUUCACAAAUGGAAAGCAACAGUCUGAAAGCAGAAUCUAAUUUUGGAGAGGACAAUAUCAGAAAUGGUGUAUGCAAUAUCAGUAGCAACACAAAAUUGCAAAAUUGCACAAGAUUUGACAACAGACAUGAAAGUUUUUUAAAUGACAUCAGCAAUAAGAAUAUGCAUUCAUCAGAACAAACAUCUAAAUCAAAAUUUAUGUUAUAUACAUUAUUAUUCAAUCGUAUUAGUUUUAUUUUGCUAGCUGGAAUUGUCAAUAUUUUGUUAGUGCUGAAACUUGACUAUUUAUUUGGACAGGCAGUUAUUAUACCUUACUUAUUAUUGAUGAUGGGACAUUUAUACAGCUGUACAACAUUAUAUGAAGCACAAGACAACAGUUUAUUAGUUAUUGCUUUGAUGUUGUGCAAUGUCAAACCUAGAUUAAUUUAUAUAUUUAAAGUAUCAUUCGCAUUAUUCACCAUAAUACUUAAUGAUUUUUGCUUAUAUAUGUUUAGUUUUAUAUUGAUGCGCUAUAUUAUUAUUCUCUAUUAUUACCAUAAUGCUGCAGUACCAACAAAUGCAUAAUUACUCAUAAUGGAGUAAGUAAAGGUAAAGUGGAAUUUUAUCGUUGGAAAUUUUGUACAAUGUUGAAAAGGUAGAAGGCUGUUCUCAGAAGAAUAUAAAUUGAUAUAUUAUUUUUAAAAACCUGCAGCUGUAUCAUAUUUUUUACGUUUUCAGCAUUAUGCUGUGAUGUUAACUGAAUAAGCGUACAGGUAUUGUAUAAAAGGCACAUUAAUUUUUCUAGAAAAAUUGUAAUAAAUACAUGUAAUUAUAAUAAUUUUAAAACAGAUUUUGUACAUAGAUGUAAUGACUUUGUAAUUUAUAUUUAUAUGACGUUGUAAAUUUGCAAUGUUAAGAUUUAUUCUUUUCUACGGUUACUAAAGCUGUCCAAGUGCUUAAUGAAUUAUCAGGUGCUUAUUAUUUCUCAAUACUUUGAUAGGAUUAAUAUAACAAAGUGCAAUCAAUUACUGUUAAGAAAUGUGUAAUCAAUAUUUUCUCUCUAUUUUAUAAUAUGUAAAUAUAAAAAAAAUAAGUAAAAACUUAAA